GCGUGACUCGCGAGUAGACUAGCACUAGUGUCGACGGUGUUGUUUUGUGUGUUUUCUCGCGUAGAAAAAGGAGCUUUAACGGGUUUUACGGACACGGCAGCAGUUUUUAUCGAUUAAUAUCUCAGCAGUGAUGCCCGGACAGGAGUCAGUGAAUGUGACCACAAGUCCGCAGAAGUCGUCUUUUGUUUUGAAGAAGAUUAUGAAUAUUCCUCCUCCAAACAUACUGCAGGAUCAAGACGACGACAUUGAGAAGGAGAAACAGGGUUCAGUGGAUGGGGUGUCCGGUGGCACAGGUGGAGUCUCCGCCUCUCUCACCCCCACCAUCUGGGACAAGACCAUCCCGUACGACGGUGAGACCUUCCACCUGGAGUACAUGGACCUGGACGAGUUCCUGCUGGAGAACGGGAUUCCCGUCACGCUGGAGGAGGAGCUGAGCAAGGGUCAGGGGGCGGAGUCACCCACGGCCGUCCCACAGAUCCCUGAGGAGAACGAUGAGGACGAGCAGGAGUCGUCUUCCGUCGGUGAUGAAAAAGAGCAAGAGGUGAUGGAGACCGCAGAGGCAGACACCAAUGAUGAUUCAGGUCAUGUGUCACCUGCUUCCGUUGAGCCGGACGAGAUCGAGGUGAACGUCCCCUUCCAGCCGGACCCCACAGAUCUGGUUCUGUCCAGCAUUCCAGGAGGAGAACUCUUUAACCCCCGCAAACACCGCUUCUCAGAGGAUGACCUCAAACCUCAACCCAUGAUCAAAAAAGCCCGGAAAGUGCUCGUCCCCGAAGAGGCAAAGGAUGAUAAGUAUUGGUCACGCAGGAAUAAGAACAACACGGCGGCGAAACGCUCGCGGGACGCUCGGCGACUGAAAGAGAACCAGAUCGCCGUCCGUGCCGCGUUCCUGGAGCGGGAAAACGCGGCACUGCGACGGGAAGUGGCCGAGCUGCGCAAAGACUGCGGCCGCUCCAAGAAGAUUGUGUCGCUGUGUGAGGCCAAAUACGGAGCGCUGUAAGAGACAAACUUCAUCAAGAGAACCGUUUUCCCCAGUGAUUCGCACACUUCCUGCCGCUGGGGAUUCUGGGUAAUUCAAUUGUGUGACGGGGUGGAUGAGUGAAGAUCAGGAGAGUUUCUGGACUCUGAGGCUCUAACAGAUCGAGUGGAUCUGAAUCACACAAUAUAUAAAACAUUGUGAACUUUACCCUUCUGACAUCCCUCGUGUGUCAUUCCACCCCGGCGGGCGCGUCUGACCGUCGUCGUUCACCUCGACGAGUGAUGAAAGCAGCGAGUUUUGUUCUUCGUUCGGUAACAGAUGAAGACAGAUAAGACUCUUAGUUUCAUUGCACUAAAGUUUGUUUCCUCCUCUCGUUUCUACUCAAUGUUUCAGUACACAAUUUUGGUUUUACCUCUUGGGUAACUUUGGUGUGUUAAAAGGCGCAUGACUUGUUAUAUUAAGCAAUUGUUUAGGUUUUUGUUUAUAAUGAAAAGUAAUAAUCCUCUGGAAUAAUGGUGGAGGUCAGACGCUGGUGUCUGAUGAUGUCAUGAGGGUCUCUGUAGAUGAUAACAGAGGUGUAGUCCUGACGCCCGCCCGCUCUAUCUGACCCAAGACACAGAAGAUGAUCAGCACUGUAUAUACACACAUCUGUCCACUUCGCAUUUACACAUGUCAUUGUUGUUAAUAUUGUGGUGAUUUUUGAUUUACGGUGACUGUUUAUGUAUGAUUUAAACACAAGUGUGUGUGCAGGGAUUUUAACUGGGAGUCUGAUCAUAAACUGGACUUGUUUAGUUUAGUUUUCAGAACUCAAUCCAGGGCAAUAACAUGUCGAACAUCUUUUAGCUUUUUAUCAUGUUUGUGUUUUUACAGAAGUUUGGCAGCUCGGCACUGCUGUGUCAAUGAGAAACACAUCAUUAAUGGGUCUCAUCUCGUUUAUAAAACACCAGCAGUUUAUUUAGAGAUGUGUUUUGCUUGGGUUUCGUGAAUGAGGCUUGAUGUGCGAAACUGCACAAUAACAUGUGGAUUGGAUGCGUUUGUACAUUUCUUGAUAUAAGUAUAUAAAUAUAUAUAUAGAGAGAGAGAGAAAUACUAUUACUCAUGCAAAUAAAACAAAUCUGCGAUUUUCAGAAUAUGUUUAAAAUUAGCAAAACGUUGUAAUGGGCUUCCAGUUUUUCAACUAAAGAUUCGAGCUUCUCCCUAAAUAAACAAAUUACUUUGUAUUCUUAGGGCUUGUGUUUUACAAUAUUAUUGUAUGUAAUUCUAAGGAUUGUUUUUGUAAAUUAACGCACAUUUAAUAUGUAGUGACUGCCGAGUGGUUCUGCAUGCUGAUGUCAUGGUGACGUGUGCAGUGGGCGUGUCCUCUUCUACAUGUAGCGCUAAAAGACUGUUGCGAUCUUCUGUGUUUUUAAUGUGUCCUGCUCAGUUUUCAUUUCUUCUACAAACCAAACCCAUAUGUCUACUGUCAAUUCACUAAGGUCAAUGUUUGUGAUAUACAAUAGAUCUUGAUAUUUUUUAAAUGAUCUGCCAAUAUAUCUGGGUUAUCUUGGGCUGCAGACUCUGUUAUCAAACUGAAAUGUAGCAAUCUUGUGUUUCAUAUAAAUGACGUUUUGAACAGUAACUAUUUAUUUUCUAUGUGCUGUUUUGAUAAUAAGUCGUCUUCCCAUCAGAGGUGAGUCUGUGUCAUCUGAUGACUGUAUCAUGAAUAUUAAAGAGAAAACAGGCAUUGACCUUGUUGAGGUCACAAUUAA